AAGGGCUUUUCAAGAACAAAACUCGCAGUGAUAGACCGUUCAGUGACUGAAUUUUGACAAUCCAUUCUCGGAUAUCGAGCGAAUUCUUUGAAUAGCUGUUUGUAGGGAAUUUCCUCUCGGUACCGUGCGCAGCCUGCGUAGCAACACAUACACAGCAGCAGCCGCCGCCGCCGAGCGCCGAGCUCGUCAGUCGUCGUUUCUCGUUGCGCAGGUUUGGUUGGACGUUUCUGUGUUGGAGGUUACUUUGUUUUCGUCCGUCUUUUACGUGCCGGGUUUGUUGGCUGCGGUACCUGAUUUUGUGCAGCUACUAGCGUGUCCCAGCACUUACAGCGUCUUCUGCACGUACUUGCAGCUCCAUCUCGGGUGACGCUGGCCGUUAUCGCGCUCAGCUACCGCCUGCUGCCGCCGGGGAUGUCGCUCAGCUGCCCGCCCGUCAUGGUGCCCAAGCAGGUGUGGCCAAGAGACAAGAGUGAUCCCCAGAAUGUUACAACUGCGACAGCACUGGGUGAAAGCAAAGAAGGAGAGUGUGAGGCUUGAGGAAGCAGGGGUUUCGAAGGAGGUGCUGGAUGCAGCUGUGGCUGCAUUUUGUUUGGAGGUCAUUGCUCGACAUGGAGACCCCUCUCCUCGGUUAUGCAAUAAAGAUCCCCUGACACUUAAGUCAGCCACUUACUUAGCUGAAAUUUUCCCAAAUUCUAAAUUUAUCUUUAUGGUUCGUGAUGGCCGUGCUACUGUGCACUCAAUUAUUUCGAGAAAGGUUACCAUUACUGGAUUUGAUCUGACAAGUUACCGCCAGUGCAUGGAAAAAUGGAACUCGGCUAUUCAAACCAUGUAUGCUCAGUGCCAAGCGGUGUCUCCUCGUUGCCUUAUGGUCCCCUAUGAACAGCUUGUGCUGAAGCCCAAACCGUGGAUGGAGAAAAUCUUGCAGUUCCUGGACAUACCUUGGAAUGCUUCAGUACUGCAUCAUGAGGAGUUUAUCAAUAAGCCUGGAGGAGUGUCACUCUCAAAAGUUGAGAGAUCCUCUGACCAAGUCAUCAAGCCUGUGAACCUUGAAGCUCUGACUAAGUGGGUUGGACAAAUACCGGAUGAUGUUGUUCGGGACAUGGCUCAGUUAGCCCCUAUGUUACAAAUCCUAGGAUAUGACCCAGAGGCCAACCCUCCUGCUUAUGGUGAGGCUGAUGCAAUUGUUGCUGACAAUACUAGGCAAAUAAAGAUGAACCAAAGACAGUGGGAGGAGAGGGCUAGAAAUCUUCUCAGCCCACAAGCAUUUCAAGACUCCAAUGUAGUAGAAGAAUCAGGGUCAGAGGUUCCUGCACCAGGAACAAGAUAACUAAAAUUAUGAUAUUGCUUUAUACCUCAAAUUCUGUUGUUGUUGGGGUUAUUUUAAUUUAAGUGGUGCUAUGAAGUCAGAACUACUUUGUCUUAAAGAAGCCAUAUGUGAAAUGUACAUAGAUUAUUUUUACAAGAAAAGUUUAGGUAGCAUAACUUGUGAUUUUAUGUCCCAAAAAUAAUCAAUGAAUUGUUACAAGCUACCCCAGUUUCUAUUACGUUGUGCUGUGCUGUCAUCUAUGCUUCUAGUACUAUUAAACCUGCAACUUAAACUCUAUUUUUGUAGCAAUGAACAUGUAAGAAAAUAUAUGUAUUGUACAUAACUUUUGAAACAAUUUUCUGAAGUUUUAAUUUUGAUUGGGAUGUUUAGUUUUUAUUUUAUUUUGUAAGGCUGUUGUCUUGGCUUCCAUUCUUUUAUUUAUUGUUAUUUUUUCACACAUAUCACAUCAAUGUCUGGAUAAACUGCAUUUUCUGUAUUGACAAAAGUGCUCAAAUUCUAUUAUUUGAGUUCUAAAAUAUUGACCUCUUACAAAAACUGUACUUGUGUGUAUGCUUGCAAAAUUUAUGUACUUAAGCUGAUUAUGUUUUCUUUUCUUUGAGAUCCUUUUAAAAAUCUGUCCUAUGGCGAAAAAACAGACAUGGUUGCCUAAAUUCGUAGACACGUGUGGUCAAAACCUAUUGCAAUUUCCAAAGUGAACAGUGUGAAUAUUGUGAAUAUUGUGAAUAUUGUUGUCAGAUAUUUUUUGUUGAUUGUUGAAUAGAUGGAUCUCAUUGUUUGCUAUAUCCAAGUAGUUGCUCUGUUUUACUUCUGUUAUGGUGCCAGUGUAUUUCUUUGUUGAAGUCAGUGUUUAACAGGGUCUUUGUGUGUCAACUUACAAUGUACAAAUGAAUCAAAUAUGGUA